GUUCAGGGCGCAAAACAAGACAGAACGUUUCUCGCCCAGGGUCAAGACUCGAACAAAUUUAUGUUUAGAUUACUAUUUCAGACUUGAUUUACUGGAUAACUGUGUGAAAUCAUCAUGUCUGAUGAACCACCUCUGCAGAAGUCAAUAAUAAUCUUAGAGCGAGGGACAAUAGGUCUGGGCUUCAAUAUAAGAGGUGGAGUAGAUAAUCCCCAUAUUACGGGUGACAGUGGUAUUUUUGUAACCAAAAUACGGGAGACUGGGGCAGCCUAUAGAGAUGGCCGAUUGAAGGAAGGCGAUAAAAUAUUGACGAUAAAUGGAACAAGUCUUGUAAACGUAUCACACUCAGAAGCAGUCCAGUGCUUUACAAAUUCCAAGGCGUCGGUCACUUUAGAAGUUCUUCAUGGGGCACAAGAUUACAUAUUGAAACAUAAAGAACAAAAAAGAGAAGAAAAAGGAGACAAAAGCAAAAACAGUAAAUCUUCAGCAGGAACCUAUGUUGUGAUUGCAGCAGUUGUGGGAGUUGUGGUCGUUGGCUUUAUCGCAUAUCGCAAAUGUUAUUUGCGAAAAUAAAACUUUGUUGUUUUAGUUUUACAAUCUACUCAAAUUUACUUAUACACAUCUAAAUAGCUGCUCAGAAAGAAGGUGAAAUUUAUUCAUGAUAUAUUUACAGCAUAUAUUUUUACGUUAAACGGACCUGUAUUGAACUAUGUUAAAACUGUUUACAAUUCAGUUUUGUUGUCCCCUACCGGUUUCACCAGAGGGGACUUAUGGUUUGCGCUCUGUGUGUUCGUCAGUCUGUGAGUCUGUCACACUUUUCUGGAUCCUGCGAUAAAUUAAAAAGUUCUUAAUAUUUUUUCAUGAAUCUUGAAACAUGGAUAGAUGGCAAUAAGGACAUUAUGCACGUCAUUUCAUUUUGUUCCUACGUCAAAAAUUCUGGUUGCUAUGGCAACCAAUAUUAUUUCUGACAACGGUGGAGCCAGUAGGGGACAUAUAUUGCUUGGCAAUAGUCUUGUUGUUUGUGUUUGUUGCUUUGAAUGCAAAGAUGCAAUAACUAAUUAACUUAAUGUAUUAAAGUUGUUCACUAGAAACAGCUUCUUGUGAUUUUGCACCUAUUUGUUCUACAAAACCACCAAAUUCCUAAUUUUGUAAAAUAUGUAAAGCAUUAAGCGUCUAUCACUGAUUCAUAUUUUUAUAAGCUUUCCAGUUUUCAUUUUUAUUAGAGAUACUGACCAAGCAUAACUUUGUUUGUGCUUCAAAAAAUAAGACAUCUGAAUCAUCAUAAAAAAAUAAACAAAGGGUUGUGCUUAGAUACGUAAACUGAAACACCAAACAUUUGUGCAAAAAUGAACAAAGGUUUACAUUAGUGUCUACAGACAUUAAACCAUUGAUGCCUAGUCGAUUCUCCCAUCCUUCUAAAUUGGAUCAAUUUAUUUCCAAAAUAAGGGAUAUCCAGUAUAUUUAUUUCUUCUUACAGCAAAUAUUCCAUUAAGCAAAUAGCGCAGACCCUGAUGAGACGCCACAGCAUGCGGCGUCUCAUCUGGAUCUAUGCUGUUUGCCAAGGCCUUUUUUUCUAGAUGCUAGGCAUAAAUGGGUUACAGUGGGCUGGGUAAACUACACCAGAAUAGCAUAAUCACGACCAGUGUAGCUGGAAGCAGUAGCUCACUCGGCUGAUAAUACUCCUGCAAUGUAACACUCCUAUAGCAGGAGACUCAAGUUCACAGUUACUGAUGUUGUUGUGUGGCAUUUGUUUUUUGACUGUCAAUGUUUAAUUUAAAAACAAUUGUCUUCUCUUCAUAAAGUCAAGAAUGUCAAUAGUGUGUAAAAACAGCUUUUCCUUGCCUUUCAUUCCUUUUACGUGUGGAGAAUACCUUUUUGUACAUGAAUUAUACCAGAACAAAAUUACAAAAUAAAAACAUGAAUAAAAUUGUGUUUUAUUAA